GCAUAAAGCCAAAGACUUUGGACGGUUUGGACCAAAUAAACAAGUCAAUUUCCGUACUAUUUGAUCAAACCCGGACCAAGCAACUGCGUUUCUGAUCAGCCAUGAUUACUCCUUAACUACCGAGUUCACUUGUAACAGUUUCCACAGUAGUAACAGAACAACCUCAAGAACAUUCUCUGUUUGAUGAAAGCUGGCCGGGGAUGGCCACGUCAGCAUCACUUCCGGUGGGUUUCCGGUUCCACCCAACAGAGGAGGAGCUGAUCGAUCACUACCUCAAGAAGAAGAUCAAAGGCCACGACUUCAACGACGUCAUCCCGGAAAUAGACAUCUGCAGCUACGAGCCUUGGGAUUUGCCCGGGUUUUCAUCGAUAAGGUCUGAUGAUGAGGAGUGGUUCUACUUCAGUAGACCGGAUUACAAGACGAAAGGGAAUAGUCGGAACCGAGCUACCGAGAGAGGGUUUUGGAAGAUAACUGGGGUAGAGCGUGAGAUCAAAGCUCGGCGGUCUAAGGCUUUGAUUGGGAAGAAGAGGACUCUGACUUUCUAUACAGGGAAAGUCAGGAGUGGGCAGAAGACUGGUUGGGUGAUUCAUGAGUAUUACAUACCUGAAAACCUGCUUCCUAAUGCUGUUAGGCAGAGGGACUUUGUUCUCUGUCGAUUGAAGAAAAAAGAUGAGAGUGCUGAUAAUGAAGCCUGCGGUCAAGGCGAAGUUUGUCAAACCAGCACUGACAACUUAUCUGAUUUUCAGAAUCUUGUGGCCAAUUUGGGUAGGCCGAGUAGUCCAGAGGACUUGCAAAUCACAUUGCAGGAAAAUACUCGGCCAGAAGAAAUUUUUGCUACACUCUUCUCCUCUCAUGAACCACCUGAUUAUUUUGCCUCCAUUCUGGGAGGAAGUUUUCUGCACGAAAAUGCUGGUAGUGAUGACCAUCUUGACCUGCAAUCUGCAUUUAGACAUGAGGAUUCGGAUGAGGGUGAUUUCUCCUUGGAAGAUAUACCACGCACUAAUCUCUUCAACCACUCGAGCGAGCCAUUGUCGACGUUGCGUAAGGUGUAUGAUGAGGGUAUACAUCGACAGAAGAAGGCUUCCUCUGUCAACGUUGCAACAACCUUACCUCAGAAUAUUGGACGUGUUCGAUCAGUGAAUAUGGAGGAAUCCGAGUAUGAACCAAAAUAUGUGCUGCAGGCUGGUGGCUCUAGCAGUGAUACGCUCUCGAGUGCCUUGGUCACUUAUAAAAGUUAUCUAAAUGAAAAAGGGGGCAGGAAAGGUGAGAUGAUUACUGGAGGAGCAGAAUUACAAUCAGGACCACAACUCCCUCUCCGACCAGAUGACUACAUAACUCAGGCAAAGGUGAGGAAUAUGACUGCAAAGUCAUACCAAGGUCAAAUAAAACAAGGAUUCAAACCACAGGAAGUCAAGUACCCAAGUAUGGUGCCGGAGAAGGCUCUGGACCCUGACAAGCCUUGGAGAAAUGAUGAACAGAAGGGUAUGAAGACGAAGCAAAUUGGGACAACCAUCAUCGAUUGGAAGAGUUCGUUCAUUGUCUGGAAGGAAUCCCCAUUAAGCCUUGGAUCAUGUCCUCCCGUAGUAUACAUAAGGAACAUGAUAGGAGGCUUGGUUUUGUUCAUAUUUUUUGUUGGGGAACUAAUUUCGUAUGGGAAGUGGUAGAAAAUAGUUGAUUUUCGAUUGUUCUGUCACACUUGUAGUUAUUCCAGUCUUACAGGGCUAACUUUUGAUUAUAUGACGUCCUUAUGCAUCAAACUUCCGGGCA